AUGGAAGAGUCUAACAAAAUAUGCCAGCAUUGUAAAAGAGAAGGACAUUCAAAGGACACAUGCCUAAUAGGCCCUAAAGGGAAGGCAGUGGAGACAAUGAUAGAAGAUGAGGUGACCUUCUUUGCAAGCAAGGAUGACUCAUGCAAGGAGAUGAGAUCCAAUGAGGAUGAGAACCAAGCCAUGCAGAAUCUUGUAGGGCAGGGGGAGGCUUCGAAGGCUCCCAUCAUCACUGACCCGAAAGCGGAAAGGAAUGUAUUAGGAGAUUCUAUUAUCGAUAAACAUAGGAAGGCAGCAGGCUGGGUGGAAGAAGCCAUCACAAGAGUUGAGAGAGCGGUGAAUAUUCUGGAUGAGGUUAACUUCAGGGUCUCCCCUCUAGCGGAAGUAGGAAUCAAUGUGGAGUCGAUUCAGCUUUUGGAGAAGAAAAUUGGUUUGAGGUCGGAUAAAGAGGAAGACAAAAAUAAUAGAGAGUUAGAUGGAAUUGAGGAGGAGGAUGAAUGGGGUUGGAUGGAUGAGGAAGACAUUAUGGAGAUAAGAACUAUAGAGCAAUCGGAACCAUCAUGUACUAAGCCAGAUGUAGUUCUUUUACAAGAAACAAAGAUGGAUAAAGUGGAAGUGAAGACUCUUAUGGGAACUUGGAAGCAGUGGUCGGGGGUCUUUGUAUGUAAGUUCCACUCUUAUCCUCUAAAUGUUGACUUCACAAUAACCAAUGUUUAUGGACCGUCAAAAUCUACGCUGCAAAAAGUUUUUUGGAGAACCCUGUCCUCCCUCAUUCGGGAUUUGGAGGGGGAUCUUCUAAUCAUUGGGGGUGAAUUCAAUGCUAUUUUGGAACUGAGUGAUAAACUGGGGGGCAAGGGUGAAAUUCCUGCGAACCUAGCACAUUUUCAAAAUUUUGUGACAAAAAAUGGUCUCAAGGAAAUCAAGUCCACGGAAGGCCAGUAUACAUGGUCAAAUCAAAGGAUCUCAGGACAGCAUGUUGCAGAGAAGCUGGACUGUUUUUUCUUAGGAGGGCCUUGGGCGGAAACCAAUCUCCUCUUCGCCUCAAAUGUCCAUCCAAUGACUACCUCUGACCACUUACCUGUGGAGCUAUCUAUAACCGUGGAUGGGGCUCUAGAGGUGUGUGGAACUAAGGCCUUCAUUUUUGUUAAGAAGUUACAGUUCAUUAAGUCAAAAAUUAAAGAAUGGAAUCGAGUGAAGUUUGGCAACAUUUUUGCUAAUAAAAGGGAUCUGGAGAACAAAUUAGAGAGCUUGCAAGAAGAUAUAAUUCAAAAAGGGAUGACAUCAAAGAAAUUUUGGCAGGAACGAGAACUUAAAGGACAAUAUAGCGAAGUGUUAGCUCGAGAGGAGAUUUAUUGGAGGAACAAAAUCACGACCAUUCUCAAUAGUGAGAAUGUUGUUUUAGAUAAAGUGGAAGAUAUCAAUAAAGAGGUGGUGGAUUUAUUUCUAUCUUUAUUAUCCAAGGAUAAUGAAUCCAAUGUGGAGCAGCAGCAAGAAGGAUUGAAUGUUAUCCCGAAGUUGAUAACAGCUACGCAGAAUCAGGCACUGAUGAAACCAAUUCAAGUUGAGGAGGUUAGGAAUGCAGUUUUCAGUAUGGAAGGGGAUAAAGCGCCAAGGUCGGACGGUUUCCCAACUUUUUUCUAUCAAAAUUUAUGGGAGGUGGUGGGAUUUGAGGUGUGGGAAGUAGUGGAGGAAUCUCGAAGUAGAGCGAGUGUGGCAAAAGAUCCUAAUUGCACACUCAUUGCCCUCAUUCCUAAGAUGGAGCACCCCACUAAUUUUAGUAAAUUUUGA